CCCGCUCCCCGCCCCCUGCUCUCUUAGGUGGCGCCGGCUCUCAGCCGGUGUGGCGGCGGGAUUGGUUCGAGAAGCCAGAGUGGGCACGUUCCCUAGACAGGCGGCAGGGCUAUGGUCGCCAAAGGCCCGCUUCGCAUUUCAGCCGGAUCCUGAGUGCGAGCCUGAACUGUCUGCUCAGCCCAGCCCCCCGGCGCGGUCGGCUGCUCCCCGGGCGCGCCCCCUCCGAUGGCGGCGGAGAUCCAGCCCCAGCCCCUGACCCGCAAGCCGAUCCUGCUGCAACGGGUCGAGGGGUCGCAGGAGGUGGUGAACAUGGCGGUGAUCGUGCCUAAGGAGGAGGGUGUCAUCAGCGUCUCGGAAGACAGGACAGUUCGUGUUUGGUUAAAGAGGGACAGUGGACAGUACUGGCCAAGCAUAUUCCAUGCAAUGCCUUCUCCAUGUUCAUGCAUGUCUUUUAACCCGGAAACAAGAAGACUGUCCAUAGGUCUAGACAAUGGUACAAUCUCAGAAUUUAUUUUGUCAGAAGAUUAUAACAAGAUGACACCUGUGAAAAACUAUCAAGCACACCAGAGCAGAGUGACGAUGGUCCUGUUUGUUCUGGAACUGGAGUGGGUGCUGAGCACAGGGCAGGACAAGCUGUUCGCCUGGCACUGCUCCGAGAGUGGGCAGCGCCUGGGAUGUUACCGUACCAGUGCUGUGGCCUCGGGCCUGCAAUUUGAUGUUGAAACCCGUCAUGUGUUUAUUGGUGAUCACUCAGGCCAAGUCACCAUCCUCAAACUGGAACAAGAAAACUGCACACUGCUCACAUCCUUCAGAGGGCACACAGGAGGGGUAACGGCACUCUGCUGGGAUCCGGUCCAGCGUGUGCUGUUCUCAGGCAGUUCCGAUCACUCCGUCAUCAUGUGGGACAUCGGUGGGAGAAAAGGGACAGCCAUCGAGCUCCAAGGACACAAUGACAAAGUCCGAGCCCUCUCCUAUGCACAGCACACAAGGCAACUCAUCUCAUGUGGCGGUGACGGUGGCAUUGUCGUCUGGAACAUGGAUGUGGAAAGGCAGGAGACCCCUGAGUGGCUGGACAGUGAUUCCUGCCAGAAGUGUGACCAGCCUUUCUUCUGGAACUUCAAGCAAAUGUGGGACAAUAAGAAAAUUGGCCUAAGACAGCACCACUGCCGGAAAUGUGGGAAGGCCGUGUGUGGCAAGUGUAGCUCCAAGCGCUCUUCCAUCCCACUCAUGGGCUUUGAGUUUGAAGUCCGGGUCUGUGACAGCUGCCACGAGGCCAUCACGGAUGAAGAACGUGCACCCACCGCCACCUUCCAUGACAGCAAGCAUAACAUUGUGCACGUGCAUUUUGAUGCCACCAGGGGAUGGUUACUGACUUCCGGAACUGACAAAGUGAUUAAGUUGUGGGAUAUGACCCCAAUAGUGUCAUGAUGACUCUCAGGGACUAGAAGAUCGUCUUCAUUAAAGAAACACUUGUUUGGGCCUGAAAUCAUUACAGGAGAAGCAAAGUAUAUAGAUGAGCAGGAAGAGAGACUAAAGGCUCAAAGUGAAUUGGUGUUCUCCCUGUACUGGUGCAGUGAACUGAUGGAAGAGACUCUUCAAUUGUCCUUACAACAUAAAAGAAGAUAUUUUUUUAUCAAAUGGUUUAUACAGCCUGGCUGUGCUGCAUUGUUUUGAGUAUAUUGCAACAUCUGUGUGGGAUGUUUAAGUGUCUUGUGUCUCAGUCUUUCAUUGUACUCGUUGCUUUCUGUGUCAGGAAAAGAGAGAGAGAGAGAGAAAUGUGUUAAAGGUAUUGUGUCAUAGAAAGCAGUCUCCACAUUCUCUUCACCUCAGCAUGUACCAGACAGAGCCUUUCUCUUCUCUUGAGUCUUCCUUCACAGGCCCCACUUGCCUCUCACCAGAGUGUAUGAUUACAGUUUAUUCUGGUGUUCUGCUUCCAUGGCCAGAUAAGAGUUAGAAAACCGCGUGUGUCUGACAGCAGGCCCCUUGAGUCACCUAUGGGGAACAGUUGUGUCAUCAGAAGUGCCUGCGAUUCUGCUUCAUCAUUCUCUUUAAUCCCACCUUAGGAAAUGCUUUCAGAAACUGCUGUUCACGGUCAGCCCGGACACUGGUCACGUGACUCAGCCUCGCUUUGCAGUGCCUGUGUCUUUCCAAAUUCAGUGAGGGCUUCUUGAGCCUUUUGCAUUUUGGACUUUCAGAAUUUUGGUUUGGGGUUUUUUGUUUGUUUGUUUGUUUGUUUGUUUGUAGCUUUUCUUUACUGUAACAUGAAAGACAAACAAAAAUGUCCAUGCUCCAGAAGUGUCUUGAAGGUACAUCUUUCUACAUGGCAUUGCCUCUGAAUGUGAGCAUUCAUUACUUUCUGAUUAGAAUCCUGCUCUCUUCACCAUCCAUAUUUAGUUUCCAUUUAAAAACCAGGUAUCUACACAUCUUUAUGUUAAUGUAUACUUUUCUAUGAAGUCAGCAUGUGAUCUAAACAGAGGUACUAAGAAACGAACAGAAUUCUCCUAAGGAAAUCAGUCCAGCUUGAUAAGGUGCAGUAAGUCGGGAUACCAAGGUACAUUAAAAGUAGUAGCAAGCCUAGAAGCUGGUCCAUCCAAGCACUUCACACAUGCUCACCCGUUAGGGUAUCAGUGAGGGUACCAGGUCAAAGUCCUGUGGGUACACAGGCUGAUUGCUUGCCCUGACUUUCCAUGUUACACUUCCACAGUAUCUAAUUCACUCCUGACUUAACAGGUGCUUCCUGACAGGAAGUACUUAAAGGAAAUUACAGUUCUCCCUAUUACCUUGCUUCUGUUCCUAGAAAAGUGGUUUCCCCUAUGUCAUCGUUGCUUCUCUUUCAGGAGGAAGCAGUAAUAGCCAUUUUUGGAUACCACCUUUAGCACUGACAACCCAGAGUACUUCCUAGGACAAAGCAUUCUGGCUCCACUUCUGCUGGCUGGCAGUGGUGUACACAUCCUGCUGGCUGGUGUACACAUCCCACAGCCACACCCCUGGCAAGUGUGACGUGAGAGUAGAACUCUGCACACUCUCCAGGAAAUCAUCGCCACUGUGGUUUAACGGACUGUUCCAUGAAAUGCCACCUAGGUUCAGUUAGGCCACUCUAACUGGUUUGAGUCUUCUCUGCAUGCUCACUCCCAUCACAGAGCUUUGAAAAGAAAAUCAGAGCUAAGAUAUUCAAAUAUCGAUAGUACGCUUGAUUGCUAGAAUCUAUAGCCACUUGGCAAGUUUUAGAAAACUGUAUGUUGGAAAUCAGUAAUAGAAGUGAGUCUCAUUGAACUGGAGCAUGAGUGCACAUGGGGAAGGAAAUACAGUAUUAGGAAACUGGAAGCCCAGGCACCCAGCAAGCCUGUGUGGAUUUCCACUAAUGUAGAGAUGAAUUCAGACUCCUGCGAAAUGGAUUACCAUUAUUUAUGAGAGAGAGAGAGAGAGUGUCCGUGUGUGUGUCCGUGUGUGUCCAGCUGGGACAUCUGGUCAACCCUCAUGCAGGAGAAAGAAGAGAGUAGCACUUCAUUAGAAUACUAUAGUUAUGGGCCUAGACUAGUCUCCCAGCUACAGCUCAUACUGAAGGGUCCCCAGAAGUUGAAACUUCACAGUGAUGAAACUCAUGGUUACAUACCUCAGAUAACCACUGCUCUGCUCUUUCCUCUUACCCAUGUGGCUGUGAAUUUGCUGAAAAGAGUAUAUCAGAAGAACUGUAUGUGCACACAGUAAUGCACUGUGGAUGCUUGUGUUUGCCCGGUGCUCUUAACCCAUAGAGAAAUGCAUGCUGGAACUGAUAGAUUUCCAAGCAUUCUCUGAAAAGGAAGGCUUUGUCCAUCAGGCAUGAGCAGUGACAUGGCACUUGGCUUGUGUCUCCUCUGAGUAAAAAAAUAAUCACAAAUCAAAAAAAAAAAAUCACAAAUCUAUCAUCCUGUUUUGUUUGCUCUUUGCUUUUUUUUUUUUUUCCCCUCUACUGUGGAAACCUCAGCUCUGGUGAUGGUAGUGAACAUAGCCUGUUGGGAAGUAGGGAGGCCACAUGUGCAUGAAAUUUGGAUGAAAAGCAUCUGAUACUGUUAGUUUCUCCAAAGGAAAGCAUUUAACGGAGCCACCUGGGUGCGUCUCCACCUUAGGGAAAAAAAAAAUGGUUUUAGAAAUAAGUACUUGGAAUUUUGUGUCAUUUUAUAAAAGAGUCAGUCAACACAAUGUAUUUCUAGUUUAAUUAAAUUAUUCAUGAAAUUACAUUGGAAGGGAAUCUUGAGAUCCCAAAUGUCCUAGGUUAGUCACACCAGGCACCUAGAUAGAGAUAAGGCAUAAACAAGAGAAUCUCAAAGAAUAUUCAAAGAACAAUGGCUUUUGCUAUUAGCAGUAGCAGCCCCUUCUUGCCUGGGACAGGAAGUCUCUGGAAUCAGGUUUGAUAAUGUUGUGAGCAAAUGUGACAUAACUUUUGGUGCCUGCCUGUGGUUCUGAGUGGUACAUGCUAUUUCCAAAGGCCAGUCGUUCCAUUUAUCUGCAUAUCAACAACCCCUAUAUGCCAUACCCCACCGACCAUCCUGGGGACAAAGUUGAAUCACACAUUCAGGGCCCUGGAGUUCCCACUGCCCUGCUGGCUAAGGGCUGCUCCACUGAGUCUGAGCUUAAGUGUUUGUCCUUGUGACAUCACCUUCUCAGCAUCUUAGAGUCAAAAUUUGAAAGUAUAUUGUAAUUUUGUUUAAUAUCAAUCCUUACAAAGCUUGAAUUUUAACUUUAAAGCAAAAGAAUAGCUCUGAACUAUGUGUCACUCUUAGUAUACAGAAAUAUUCAUAAAGGGGGCCUUUGGUGUUGCUUUUUCAUAGUAAAUAUAUAUAUUUGUAUAUAAGUGAGCUUGUUCACUAAGAUUUAUAUUUUAAAGUAAAAGAAAAGCAUUUUUCUAAAGUGCUCUUAUUUUUUUCCUUUAAAAUAAUGUUAGGUGAAAUUUUUGCUGGUGUAAAAGUGGAUAUUCAGCACCUUGAUGAAAUGACACUUAAGUUAAUCAGUUUGCCACUUUGUCAAGCUGUCAGGUCCUACCAGGAAUGUCUGUGUGCUCCUGUAAGCUGUAGCUCAGCUUGACAGCCAAGAACUACACACUGACCUUCAGGGGUUUGGGUCUGUGUUAUCACCUUUUAACAUUGGAUUCCCACCAAGGGCCUCGAGGCUAACACAGGCAGCAAUGUGUGUUGCUGGCAUGAGGCCCUUCCUUGGACUUCCAUGCCAGAGCCUGUUGUCAAAGGUUUUGAAAAUGAGAUCAGAUUUCUGAGUGAGGCAUGAACUCUGCUGGAGUGCUUAUGGUCCCUUUUAGACUUGUGACUUUGACUCUGUGAGUGUUGCUUAUUACGGGACUAACCCAGACUGUCCCCAGUCACAGAGCUGACCUCACUCAGGCAUAUGAACACACUACCAGACCAGGGGAGUUGCUUUCUGGCCUUUUCCAUCUAGGACCUAGUAGGUGUGGUUUUAGGAAAAGAUGUGAAUUGUUAGUACUAUCUCAUUUAAAAGAUACCUCAAAGUGUUUACCUUUAGGGGCUGAGAGUAUCUUACUGGGGAGACAAAGUGAUUAGGAAAUGCAAAUUGGUCCAAAAAGUAGGUUUCAAAUCUGAUUUAAAUAUUUAUAUUUUUUCCCUUGGUUCUUUGGGAUGUAUGAGAGUGUGAUUUUUUUUUUUAAAGAGAAAGCAGUUUGAGCAUUUUACUUAUCAUUUUGAUGGAUUUGCAGCCUUUCAUUCAUAGCAUAUGCCAGUAUGAAGUGUGGACCAAAACGCUUAUAUCACCAUUGCCAUUGUUCUGUGUGUGCUUGGGAUUUAUGCCAUUUGUCUUACAUUUUAAAUGGGUAUUUUCAAGGUAUUGUCAUUUUGGGAGAAAAAAAAUCUUACUUGACAAGUGUGAAAACUGUUACUAACUGGACAGCAGGGAAGGCACUAACCCCACAGCUGUACCUGUCCAUUGCUGUAUCAUAACCAGGGACUUGGGCUCUUCCCUUUGCACAACUGCCACCUGGGGCCUACAUCUGGAUGUGGUUACCAUGGGUUUGUUACUUAAUGGGUGUCUUUUUCCAGAAAAAUCAGGAAUUAGGAGAUUAGGCAAGGGCUCAGCUAAGCAUGCUACAAAACCUAAAGCUAGAAGCUAGAGCAGGCCUCUCCAUGGUUGUUUGAGCCAAACCCCUCUGGUAGUUGCUAUUCUCCAUGCCGCUGGAUUCUACUAACCAGACCCACCACCCUUGACCCUGACCUCCUAAAUGUGAUGAGCUGGUACUGAGUGAGACUAUUCUGUGACAUUAAGAUGACUAUAUCCGUGCAAAUAAAUGCUGCUCAGCACGGUGAAUGUUUCUCUCUCCCUGUUUUCCAUGUAUGGCCCUCUCGCCUCUUACGUCUGUGUAACCUAUUCCAGUGUACGGCUCUCAGAGCAGUAGCCUCCAUGGCUUACAAUAAAUGUCCAAACACCUA